UUGUCAACACAGAGAAGCCACUUUCGGGCCCGCGGGCGGCUGUCCCAUGCUCUGCUGAGCGCGGUGCCAUGCCUCUGCACCUCCUGCUCCUGCUGAGCCUGCUGGGCCCCGGAGGCAGCCAGCAGUGGCCAUCCCCCAAGAGGGGCGACUCCCAGCAGGACUGGGGGCAGAGGCAGAAGGUCCCGGAGGACUCGGAGGACGACUACGCCCUGCACGAUGACUACGCCUUGGAGGGCACGGACCCUCCCGAUGUGCUUGACAACAGCACCGCGGCUGCGGCCCCAGAGCCCCAGCAUCCGACUCUGCCGGGGCAGAGAGGUUCUGAGGGGCCGGGCACGCCCGAGCCAGCCACUGCCGAGGCCAGCACAGGACACGCUGCUGGCCCGGACACAGUGGGGGCGAUUGCGGGGAAUCUGAGCAUGGAACUGGCCACGCAGAACGUGCCUGUCUCCAUGGGCCUGCUGGCCACACAACUGGCCUCUGUGAUGGUUCCCAUGACCCUAUCCACAGAGGGGGUUCUGUCCACGGAGCCGGUCACCAAGGAGGCCCAGUCCAUGGGACCACCAGCCACAGAGGCAGAAACCACGCAGCCAGCAGCCACAGAGUCUGAGACCACACAGCCAGCACCCACAGAGGCAGAGACCAUACAGCCAGCACCCACAGAGGCAGAGACCACACAGCCAGCACCCACAGAGGCAAAGACCACACAGCCAGCACCCACAGAGGCAGAGACCACGCAGCCAGUAGCCACAGAGGCCCUGUCCACAGAGACCACUGCCAUGGGGUCCCAGCCCAUGGAAUCCAGUGUUAUUGAGGCCCUGUCCACAGAGCCAGCAGCCAGCACGGAGUCCCCAUUCAUAGAACCUACUGCGGCACAGGGACUGGCCACGCCCGCGCCUGGCCCCUCUGCCACUCACCUGAGCACCCCCACGGCCACCGGCAGUGUGCCUGCGGUCAUCAACAUGAAGACAGAGAAGGUUCUUCCCUCCCAGAGCCCCGGGACGCCGGGCCCCGUGGGGAUCCCGGACAGCAUCCCCGUGAAGCAGUGCCUGCUGGCCAUCCUCAUACUGGCGCUGGUGGCCACCGUCUUCCUCGUGUGCACCGUGGUGCUGGCCGUCCGCCUGUCCCGCAGGAACCACACCUACCCCGUGCGCAGCUACUCCCCGACCGAGAUGGUCUGCAUCUCCGCCCUGCUGCCCGAGGCUGGCGACGGGACCCCCGCCAUCGCCAAUGGGCGGCGCGCGUCCAGGGGCCCCGGCCUCAAGGCGGAGGCCAAAGAGGAGCGCGACGGGGAUGACCUCACCCUGCACAGCUUCCUCCCGUAGCCCCUCCCCACACGCAUGCCUCCCCCAGGGGGGCCUUCAGGGAGCCCAGUGGUCAGGGCGGUCUCGAGGGACUGGCCCUGGACCAUUGCAAACAGAGACGGGAGCUGCCACACGGCACAGGCCCUGUGGCCACCGCCCCUGCCUUCCAGCUAAGAACCCUGGGGGCCCAGGGACACCCUCUCCCCCUCCCCACUCUGCGUGGGGCCUCGGACACCCCCUUCCUCUUUCCUCCUGACCUCUGAGUCUCAGCCCCGCUGGGCUGCCACGGUGGCCACCGCAGAGCCAGGGACCCCCAGGCUACUUGCGUUGGGGCAGUUGGGGUUCUCUUGGGCAGCACUCCGAGGAGCCUGGGGGAGACUCUUCUUGGGGACCGCAUGGGCUGAUGGAGCCCCUCUCUAUCUGGUGACCUUGCUCACCUUCCCCCACGGUCCCCUUCAGGGUGGGCUCCAUCCUGUCCACUGCCAUGUCCCACUGCCCAGCAGGGGACUGGACGCAGCCCGGGGCCCUUAGUAAAUGCAUGAUCGACAGAUGACAGCCUGCCUUGAUUUUUCCUCCCCCAGCGCAGGGCGAGGUGUUGGCUCUUGGCUGCUCGCCCUCAGCCCCAAGCCCCCAAGGAAGCCCCUUGGUUGAUAGGUGACUCUCAGGAAACAGGUGCACCCAAUUACAUAAGUGAGGGGUUGGGGAAGAUUUUGGGUUGCGGGGUGGGUGGGGGGACCAAGGCUGUCUCCCCCAAACCCACGCCAGAGGUCCAUAGUAUUCAACUUUCCAUGACUCAGAUCUGCCCUACAGGAAGUGGUCCCCUCAAAGUCUCAGCCUAGGGCCCCUCUCAGCGUCAAUGCCCCCCUCCCGGGCACACCCAGCAGCAUCUUGCCAUGAGGCAGCGUCCGACAGCUCUGAUUGGCUGGCAUCUCAUAGGUGGGGCUGGUGGAAUUUUUCUUAAAGGGCCCGACAACAAA